AACCCUGGUAUAAUACCCUAUGCCUGCACACAAAAUGUUUACGGAUUAAACAGUCAUUUUACACAGAUCACUCGACACGCCAAAUCAUUAAAAAAACACACUCGUUUUGUUACAAUUCUGCAUUAAAUCUUAAUAAACUUUUGGUUUCGUGAUGGAUAUGUCAAAUAAACAGCUCUUCAUUGAGCUGUUCAUUGGUCACAGGGUAUUUUGACGCCUACACACCCCUGACCAUCGCGAUCGCAUAUUUGUGCACAAACGCGCGUUGGAUUAUGCACACUACUGUUUAUUUAAUAUAACCGCAUAUAAAAUGUCGUUAUUUACAUUUCUGAAGAGUCGCCCCAUAUUCUGGCUGAGCGUAGCUGGAACCACUGUGGGUGGCGCCUGUUUUAUAAAGGAUCUUAUGCAAGGCUGUAAUUUCACUAAGGAAACUGAUGAAUGCAACACAGUUGCUAUUGUCACCGGCUCCAACACGGGCAUAGGCAAGGAAACUGUGCGGGAGUUGGCACGAAGGCGAGCCAUUGUCUAUAUGGCCUGUCGGGAUAUGAAAAAGUGUGAAGCGGCACGUGAGGAGAUUGUCUUAGAGACGAAAAACAAAUUUGUGUAUUGCCGAGAAUGUGAUUUAGCUUCCUUGGAUUCCAUACGUAAUUUUGUAUCCACUUUUAAGAGGGAGCAGGACAGUCUACACAUACUCAUCAAUAAUGCAGGUAUCAUGCGCUGUCCACGCAUGCUGACCGCUGAUGGCUUUGAGAUGCAGCUGGGUGUCAAUCACUUGGGUCACUUUCUUCUGACCAAUUUAAUGCUAGACUUACUCCUGAAAUCGGCUCCCAGUCGUAUUGUAAAUGUCUCUAGUCUGGCGCAUACGCGCGGUGAAAUCAAUACGACGGAUUUGAAUAGUGAGCAUUCCUAUGACGAGGCUAAGGCUUACAAUCAAAGCAAGUUAGCAAACGUUUUAUUUACCUUGGAAUUGGCCCGUCGCUUAAAGGGAACUGGAGUCACGGCAUACGCUGUGCAUCCUGGCAUAGUGGACACCGAAAUCUUCAGACACAUGGGCUUCUUUAGCAACUUCUUUGCAGGUUUAUUUGUUCGACCCCUGUUUUGGCCAUUUGUGAAGACUGUGCACAAUGGGGCGCAAACUACAUUGUAUGCUGCUCUUGAUCCGGACUUGGAGGAAAUAAGCGGGGUAUAUAUUUCCGACUGCAAGAUCCAAAUGCCAGCGCCUGUAGCAACCGAUACUCAACUUGCUAAAUGGCUUUGGGCUGUCAGCGAAAAAUGGACGCGAGCAGAAAUUCUGGAGGUUAAGACUGUUAAAAAUACAGUUCCCAUUUUAAAGGAUGUAGUAUAAUUUGAUUUUUAUGUU